AUGUCAACAAAAGCUAUCUAUGAAGCUACAGGUAAAAAACUUCUGAAUAAAUAUCUCUGUUCAACAGCAGCGGAAUGUCGCUGCGUUAGUGUUGAUGAAAAUACAAAAUGGGAUGAACUGGUCGCCAAUAAUAUUUGGCUAGAAAAAGAGAGUUUGGUCGCUAAACCUGAUCAAUUAAUUAAACGACGCGGCAAACUUGGUCUUAUUAAAGGCGAUGUUAACCUUCAAGGAGCUAAGGAUUUUAUAUUAGAAAAAUUAGGCAAAGAAAUUUCGAUUGGUCAUACAACAGGAAAAUUGAAACAUUUUAUUAUUGAACCUUAUGUUAAACAUGAGAACGCAGAUGAAAUGUAUAUUUGUAUUUAUUCCAAUCGAGAUGGAGAAAUGAUACUUUUUCAUCACGAAGGUGGUAUUGACAUUGGUGAUGUUGAUUCAAAAGCAUUAACUUAUACAGUUAUCAUCGAUGAACCAUUUGAGGUCAAUAAAAUGGAGCAAGCUUUAUUAAAGAAUGUACCAGCAGAUCGACGAUCGCAUUUAUCAGCAUUUAUCACAAAACUAUUUCAAGUUUAUAUGGAAUUGCAAUUUACAUAUUUAGAAAUCAAUCCAUUGGUUGUUACAUCAAAAGCUAUUUAUAUACUUGAUUUAGCUAGUCGUCUUGAUCAAACAGCUGAGUAUUUAUGCGCUUCGAAAUGGGAUAAAGUCACAUUUCCACCACCAUUUGGUCGGGAUGCUUAUUCAGAAGAAGCGUAUAUAGCUGAACUAGAUGCAAAAUCUGGAGCAUCAUUAAAAUUAACUGUGCUUAAUCCAAAAGGUCGUGUAUGGACAAUGGUAGCUGGUGGUGGGGCAUCAGUUAUAUAUAGCGAUACUAUUUGUGAUAUGGGUUUCGCAUCUGAAUUGGCUAAUUAUGGUGAAUAUUCUGGUGCACCAAGCGAACAACAAACAUAUGAAUAUGCUAAAACAAUUUUAUCAUUAAUGGUUAAAGAAAAAACUCCCGAUGGAAAAACUUUAAUUAUUGGCGGUGGUAUUGCAAAUUUUACAAAUGUAGCAGCAACAUUCAAGGGUAUUGUUAAAGCAUUAAGAGAAUAUCGUGAUCUCUUAAUCGAAAAUAAAGUAUCAAUAUUCGUUCGUCGUGCUGGUCCUAACUAUCAAGAAGGAUUACGUGUUAUGCGUGAAGUAGGCGCAUCAUUAGGCAUUCCUGUUCAUGUAUUUGGACCUGAAACUCAUAUGACAGCUAUUGUUGGCAUGGCACUCGGAAAACGUCCUAUUGCUGCUCCAGAAGAAGUAGAACUAACAACAGCAAAUUUCUUACUUCCAAGUAGUGGCAAGAAAGGAGAUGCUCGCGUUGCAUCUGACACCGCAUCAAGCACAACAGAAAAAGUGAACGGUGAUGUUCUAAAAAAUGAUUUGAACCGACCACUCUUCACAAAUGAAACUAGAGCUAUUGUUUGGGGUAUGCAAACUAAAGCUGUUCAAGGUAUGCUUGAUUUUGAUCAUGUAUGCCGUCGUACACAACCAUCAGUUGUUGCUAUGGUUUAUCCGUUUACUGGUGAUCAUAAACAAAAAUUUUAUUGGGGUCACGAAGAAAUUCUUUUGCCAUGCUAUAAAAAUAUGGCUGAUUGUAUAAAACGGCAUCCAGAAGCGGAUGUACUCAUUAACUUUGCAUCCCUACGUUCAGCAUAUGAAAGUACAAUGGAAGCAAUGAAAUAUCCACAAAUUCGAACAAUUGCCAUUAUUGCUGAAGGUAUUCCAGAACAAUUAACACGAAGUAUGAUACGUGUAGCAAACAAGCAAAACGUAUUUCUUAUUGGACCAGCAACUGUGGGUGGUUUAAAAGCUGGUUGUUUUAAAAUUGGACACACUGGAGGCAUGCUCGAUAAUAUUCUUAUGUCAAAACUUUAUCGACCAGGCAGUGUUGCAUAUGUUUCUCGGUCAGGUGGCAUGUCCAAUGAAUUGAAUAAUAUUAUUGCUCGUAAUUCCGAUGGUGUUUAUGAAGGCAUUGCAAUUGGUGGUGAUCGUUAUCCUGGUACGACAUUUACAGAUCAUAUCUAUCGGUAUGAAGGUGAUCCAGAAGCUAAAAUAAUUGUUCUUCUUGGUGAAGUUGGUGGUAUUGAAGAAUAUCACAUAUGUGAAGCUAUUAAAUCGAAACGUAUCACAAAACCAUUAAUUGCCUGGUGUAUUGGCACAUGUGCAUCUAUGUUUACAUCUGAAGUUCAAUUUGGUCAUGCGGGUUCACAUGCAGAUAAUGAUCGUGAAACAGCUGUGGCCAAAAAUAAAGCUUUACGAGAAGCAGGUGCACAUGUACCAAAUAGUUUCGAUGAACUUGGCGACUUAAUUCAUAAGGUAUUUGGAGAUCUUGUACAAGCAGGUCAAUUCAAGCCCAAACCAGACGUAGUACCACCUUCAGUGCCAAUGGAUUAUGAUUGGGCUCGUGAGCUUGGUUUAAUACGAAAACCAGCAAGUUUCAUGACAAGUAUUGUUGAUGAUCGUGGCCAAGAAUUAUUAUAUGCUGGUAUGCCCAUUACUGAUGUUAUUAAAGAAGACAUGGGUAUUGGCGGUGUACUUAGUUUACUCUGGUUUCGAAAACGGUUACCAAAAUAUGCUACAGAUUUUCUUGAAAUGACACUUAUGGUAACAGCUGAUCAUGGGCCGGCCGUUAGUGGCGCACACAAUACGAUAGUAUGUGCACGUGCUGGUAAAGAUCUUGUUUCAUGUUUGGCUUCUGGUCUACUAACAAUUGGAGAUCGUUUUGGUGGUGCACUUGAUAAUGCUGCUAAACAAUUUAGUGAAGCAUUUGACACUGGUUUACAUCCAUCUGACUUUGUCAAUAAUAUGCGUAAAGAAGGAAAAUUACUUAUGGGUAUUGGGCAUCGUGUUAAAUCAUUAAAUAAUCCCGACAUGCGUGUUGUUCUUCUGAAAAAUUUUGCUAAGCAACAUUUUCCAACAACUCCACUACUUGAUUAUGCACUUGAAGUAGAAAAAAUUACUGUUAGCAAGAAGCCUAAUUUAAUCUUGAAUGUUGAUGGUUGUAUUGGUGUUUGUAUGGUUGAUCUCUUACGCCAUUGUGGUUGCUUUACACUUGAAGAAGCCACUGAAUUUGUUGAUGAUGGCGCACUUAAUGGACUUUUUGUUCUUGGCCGUAGUAUUGGGUUUAUCGGUCAUUUUCUCGAUCAAAAACGUCUUCGACAAGGUCUCUAUCGUCAUCCAUGGGAUGACAUAUCGUAUGUCUUACCAGAGGCAAUGUAA